AUGGGGGAAAAGCCGUAUUCCUGUUCUGAGUGCGGGAAAUGUUUUUCAAAUAAGUCUAUAUCUUUACACACAUCAAAGAUGUCACACAGGGGAGAAGCCGUUUCCUGUUCUGAGUGCGGGAAAUGUUUUUCACAGAAGUCCAGUGUUUACACACAUCAGAGAACUCACAUGUCACACGGGGGAGAAGCCAUAUUCCUGUUCUGA